UAAACCAUGCAUUUUUCAGGCUUUCAUAGUUUCAGAAUAACCUCGACGCUGUCAGAUCUGCUGCUGUAAACCCACCAACUCAAGUCUCUCUUCCAUUUCUGCUGUCUUCUCCAGCCUUCUCUCUGUAUAAACAGAACCCACCUUCGAUUUCACUCGUGUAGUCUGUUCUCUGAGACUUGUGACAGUUGACUUUUCUCCUUCGAGCUGCGGCGAUGGCAGCGAGAACUGUUUCUCUGCAAUUCUCCCCCCUUUCUUUCUCAUCAUUAACUCGCCGCCCAUUUCCGCAUACUCCAACCCGCUUUUUCACUGCGCCGAUUGAUCGUUGCACGAGGCAAACCAAUGUCUCAUUAAUGAUCCAUGGGGUUUUUACUGCUACUGGCAGUGGCGUGGCUAAUGCUCUGCCAAGUGUUUGUAAAAAUGCAAGCCCACCCAUAGCGUCAUUUAAUGAGUUGAUCGAAUCGUUGAUCGAUCGUGUGGAUUUAUCUGAGGCUGAGGCUGAAGCUUCUCUUGAAUUUUUGCUGAAUGAGGCCAGUGAGGCGUUGAUUAGUGCUUUUCUUGUUUUAUUGAGAGCCAAAGGAGAGACUUUUGAAGAAGUUGUGGGAUUGGCAAGGGCUAUGAUAAAUCAUGCCAGGAAGGUAGAAGGAUUGGAUAAUGCAGUUGACAUUGUUGGAACAGGCGGUGAUGGUAAGAACACGGUGAAUAUUUCAACUGGGGCAUCAAUCAUUGCUGCAGCUUCUGGGGCAAAAGUAGCAAAGCAAGGAAAUUAUUCCAGCUCUUCUUCAUGUGGAAGUGCUGAUGUUUUAGAGGCACUUGGUGUGGCUAUUGACUUGGGACCAGAGGGUGUAAGAAGAUGUGUGAAUGAAGUAGGAAUUGGUUUCAUGAUGGCCCCAAAGUAUCACCCUGCGAUGAAGAUUGUCAUACCCGUUAGAAAGAAACUCAAAGUAAAAACUGUAUUCAAUGUAUUGGGCCCUAUGUUGAAUCCUGCAAGAGUACCUUUUGCUGUUGUCGGUGUAUACAAUGAAGAUCUGGUAAGUGUUUUCUGAUGAAGUCUUUAAUUU